CGGCAGGAGAAGGGGAACCCUGACACCCACUUCACCGAGGACACGCUCUCCAAGACCACCGUCAACCUCUUCUUUGCGGGGACGGAGACCGUCAGCUCCACCCUCAAAUACGGACUCCGGAUUCUGCUCCGGCACCCUGAGGUGGAAGCCCGGCUCCACGAGGAGAUCGACCGGGUGAUCGGCCAACACCGCAGCCCCCGCAUGGAAGACCGGAGCCGCAUGCCCUACACCGACGCCGUCAUCCACGAGAUCCAGCGUUUCGCCGACAUCGUGCCCAUGGGGGUGCCCCACACCACCACGCGGGACGUCCAGCUCCGGGGGUACACCAUCCCCAAG